AUGGUUUCAAGAACAUUUCUUCAGAAGCCCCAUAUCAGAUACAUUUGCUCCCCGUUUUUAGAAAUCUUGAACGAAGAACUUUUUAUUAAAACGCUGCGAGGUGAUCCAAAAAUUACUACUUUCGUUAUCGACGAUAGUGUGCUCGCGGAUAAUCCAAACAAAUCUCAGGUAUUUCAUAAUUCAAAGUCCAUCCGAUCGAGGCAGCUUUUUCAACGUUCCUUAUCAACUUUACCAGAUUUUUCAAUUGAAAAAAACCCAAGAGAUCGUUCAACACUACUCACUGUUAAUUUGCCUCGUUCUCCAACCAAUUUCGGCCAAUUCAUCGCUAAAGUUGUUGACAUUUCACCAGUCGUAAAUCUAUCAGAACGCGAUAUCAACCGGACAUUUUUAGCUUCGCCAUCAGAUUUCAAGACUAUCAGCAUUCAUGGCCUUCAUCCUGGCCAUCAAUACAGUGUUACAGUGCUUGGUAGACGAAAAGGUGAAUCGCAGCUAAUUAAAGAAGAAACAGUGAUAACAGAUCCGGUAGCACCAGAUUUCUCGUCAUCUAAUGCAUCCGUCCUUUCUUUCCACACUAAUAUUACUCUACGAGCGUUGAAACCUGAAAAAGCUCUACAGGAUAUCUACCAAAUAUCAUAUGUACAACUUGAUCCGUUACGACAUUUUCCGAAACUUGAAGUUAAUGACAUUCCGGAACAAAGAUAUAUAGAAAUUUAUCUUGGAAAUUUGAUGCCUGGACAAGAUUAUAAUGUUUCUAUUACACCACAAAUAAAGGAUAUCGAAGGUCGACCUUGGAAUGGCAUCCUAACAACAAAACCUUAUGCUCCAGAAAAUUUAACGGUAAUAGAGCUCAAUACUUCAUGUUUACGUCUUUCAUGGUUCUUAACAUCAAGGACAGGUGCUGAUUCAAUUUUGAUCAGUUAUCGGCUUGACAAUACCAACAAUCCGUUGACUGAAGUCACAGUACGAAGUAACCAAAGAUCAGUCGACAUAUGCAGUGGUUUACAACUUGGACGAACGUACAUAUUCAUUGCAAAAGCGAAGAAAAACAGUGAAACAUCAGAUGAUAUCAAGCUGCUUUAUACGGUGAAACCAAAGGCACCUGAAAAUUUGAAAAUUUUAACAGAUUAUGAGAAGCGGAAAUUCAGACUGGUUAUGGAUAUAGCGUCAGAAUCUGAAAGUUAUGUAGAAAAAUGUUUCGUCAGUUUGGUAAACGAAAAAUUAAAUGUCAUUGAAAAAUUAUCAAGCGUUGACAGUACAAACAGCACCUCAGCUGCCAGAGAAUGUUCAAUCUAUGUAGAUCUACAUCCCGGUCAACGUUAUGAAGUUUCUGCAAAAACAAUUAGCGAGAACGCAUCGAGUAAUAUUAUCUCUAAAAGUUUUGCCUUACAACCAGCUUUUGAUAUGGAAACCUUUGGAUUGCAGCUGUCAGAAUCCGAUGGAACUUUGAUGCUAAAAUGGCCCGUAGCCGAGAUGGCUCAAGCGCGACUGGAUGACGUUUGGGAAAAUAUUGUUGGUCCAGAUAGCACGUUACAUCUACGCGUCGAUCCGCUGAGCAAGUCGAUGUGGCAUGAACAGUCAAAACGCUUUGAACGAAGGCAAUAUGAACGUGAUCCUUUGACUAUACCAAAGCUUAGACGUGGUGCUUGUUAUAGGGUGCAAAUUUAUACAGUAACAAAAAGCGGCAUUGCUAGUGCACAGAAAUUUGAAGAAUUUCUUCGGAUCAGUGCACCAAAAGUCAAUAUAACGACAAAAGAAAUAGCGAAAAGCACAGCUUCUUUCCGAGUAAUUCUCGAAUCACCUGUUAUUUUCGAUCCUCCGGAGUGCAAUUUACAUAUCGUAGUACUAGAUAUCCGAAAUAUAACCAUUUAUGACCGCACUACGCCUCUGACACCAGAAAUAUCACCCGUUGUUUUAGAAGGGCUACGGCCUUAUCACCGUUAUAUUAUUAGAUCCCAGGUCAUCUGUGGUAAAAUAAAUGAUAUGAAUUGUUUACCAAAACUUCGGGCAAUGGAACCAAUCUUUUUCGAAACACGGCAAGAUCGACCAGGACCAGUACGAAGUCUGAUGGUGCGCAUAUUGAAUCCGUACAGUGUACAAUUAUUUUGGCUACCGCCAUCUUUGCCAAAUGGCAUUAUUACACAUUAUAUUAUUGGCAUACAUUCUGUGGAGGAUGAUCGAGAAGGUGACUGGUCAGUGAGUGUUGGUGCUACAGUGAAUUCUCCACCGCUGUCUUUUUAUGACAGCAAUACUGAAACUAACAAUAAACAACAACCGAUCGAAGCAGUUGUGGAUAAUUUAGUUGGUGGCUUAAGAUAUCGGAUGGAUGUUCGAGCUGUUACGGAAGCUGGUGAAGGUGAUUAUAGUGCUGCAUCUGAUACUGUACACGUCGAAAUGCCCAUUUUACCUCCGCCACGUCCUUCAUCACGCAUUGAAAUAGUGUACAACACAAUUCAUAGCACAGAUAUGGGAAUACGUUAUAGCACAUCGAUGUUCAAUACAAAACAUGGAUAUCUAAAGAAAUCUGCUCUAAUUGUUGCUGAAGUUAACAAUAACAAUGAAAAUACAAUCAGCUCUAUCACAGACAGUCAAAACAAAACAUUUACAUGGGGUCAAGCACAACAGUUCGAUUUAUGGCCAGCAUACAUUGCGGUUGAAACAGCGAUCGAACCACUCCGAAAAUUUAUUCCACCACAUUUUGUUUCUGAAAUAAUAGGUGCGGACGGCACAUGUAAUGAUAUCGAAGUUGAUACCAUUUGUAAUGGACCACUGAAGCCAGCAACAUCGUAUCGUUUUAAAUUACGGCUGUACACAUCACCAGAUAUGUGGACUGAUUCAGAAUAUUCCGAAAUCGCUACUACAAAAGCCUCGCCGACAUUGUUUACAUUGGGUAGUGUGACGACAGUGCUGUUACUUCUUCUGGUUAUUGGUAUUGCUUCUUUAACUACAUUUUUCGCUUGGAAAAAACGCAGGAAGUCUUGCUGUUUGCUAAUGGUGGAUGCAAAUGAAAGAGCUCGAUUGCGAGUUUAUGGAUUCCAUACUAUCACAUGCGCUCCAUAG